AUGGCCACAAUUACAAAUGCAGACCCAUAUAAAAUAUUAUUUGAACAAGAUAUAAAAACAGCAACCAAUAUUCCAAUGGUUACAUUCAUUUCAAAUGUUGAAGAAUUUGUUAAAGAUAAAGAUGUUGAAAAUGUUUUCAAACAAUUACAAGAAGCAUAUCAAAAAUAUAAAUUUUUUGAAUCAAAACUUUCAAAUAAUAUUUCAAUGUUAACUCAAAGAUCAAAACAAUUACAAGAAUCUUUAGAUAUUGUCGAUCAUGUUGAAAAUAAAUCUAAUGAAUCAUUUUCAGUACAAUAUGAACUUUCAGAAGGUGUUUACUCUUCAGCACAAGUAAAUGAACCAAAAUCAAUUUAUUUAUGGUUAGGUGCAAAUGUAAUGUUGGAAUAUUCAUUUGAAGAAGCAAGAGAGGUAUUAAGAAAGAAUAAAGAUACAGUCGAUCGUCAACUUAGUGAGAGCAUUCAAGAUUUAGGUUUUGUAAAGGAUCAAAUCACUACAACUGAUGUUAACGUUUCACGUGUUUACAAUUAUGAUAUCAUUCAAAAAAGAAAAUUAAAACUAUCAGGUAAAACUGAAGAAGAGGAAAAAUAA